AGCGGCUCGAAAAGUUCGCCUGGUGGGCGCCGGAUGGUUCUUCGGAGGCGUUGCCCGGGCACCGCCCUUUCGGCGCGCACAUGGACUGGGAUGCCUGGCAGUCCUUGUCCUGGCAGGCCGCGCAGUGGCAGCGAGAGGUUUCCUGGCCGGGGGCCUGGCGGCCUCGAGGCGUGCGGGGGCCACGACCCCAGCGGCCUCUGCCGGGGGUCCAGGGUCCUCAGGGCCGGCCGCCAGUGCCCGCGAUCCAGUGGGCGCAGGCGAGCCCGAGCCCGCCCGGGCUCAGGCCCUUUGCCGAGGACAACCACUCGGCGCUUGCUGUGCCGCAGGCCGUGGAAUUGCCGCGGGAGGAUCUGUUCCCCUCCUUUGCUGGACCCGAGGGUGAGGCGCAGCACCCCGGGCUGCUGAUUGCCAAAGCCAAGGAGAAAGCGCUGAAGGCUUCCGCCAUAGAGGACCAGGACCAAGCGAAGCCUGCCAUUGAGGACGGCCAAGCCUGGGAUGAGCCGGCCGCGGUGAGGUUCGAUGCCUGCCUCAGGGGCGAGGCUUUGUUUGUGGCCUCGGACUUGGAGCACUUCAUCUCGCGGGAGGAGGCGCUGGCCCGGCGCGCGGAGCCGGCGAUGCUGGUUUCGGUGUCGCUGGGGCCGGAGCUGGACACGCCGCCGGAUUUGUCGCUGGACAGCCUCACGCACCACUACUUCUUCUGCCUGGGCGGGAUCCCGGGCUCGGAGACCGGGCUGAAGCCGCUGAAGCCGCUGGCCAUCGAGGGGCCAAAGCCGCCCCUCGCCCUGCCGCCGCCGCCCCUGGGCUUUUCCAGGCGACCCGCGAGCCCCGGACCAGAGAGAAGAGGCAGAAGGAGCAGCAGCAGCAGAAGCCGAAGCAGGCGCCGGCGGCGGAGGAGCUCCCCUUCCAGGGAGUGGGAAGGGAUGCCGGUGAGGCAAAUGCUGCUUCAGAGGCUCGCCGGCAGUUCGGAGGAGCUGAAGCGCUUUGCGCGCGCCCCAGCACCUGGGUUUGUGAAGCAGAUCGAGGUGCGGAAGAUCAUCGCCCCCAGGGAGCGAGCCAUCAGGAAGUCGCGGCGGCCGGUGGUGAUCGACUUUGGCAGUGGGCCUUACCACCUGGUUUUGGGCUCUUUGAAGGACGCGGGGAGCCACGCGGAGUGCGCCGUCUUCGAGGCCCAGGAUGCCCCGGCGGCGCUGGCCUGCCAGAUGGGCCUGGACGCCGGUGAGGAGGCGCUGGACAAGCUGCGGGCCUUCCUGGAGGGAAAGCGGCAUGCGAUCUAUGACCCGGCAGAGGGCCAGGCCUGGGAGGACUUCCCGCGGAACCGGCAGUACGUGGACGUGACGCUCAUCCGUCACAGCCACGACUUCGUCCAGGCGACCUUUGCACAUGGGGAGCACCGCGGGGAGUCCGUGCAGGACCUCAUUGAUGACUUGCUGGAUGGACGCGCGGAGCCUGAGGACUUGACGCCUUUGGUGCUCAUCAAGUUCUCCGCGGAAGAGUUCUGGGCGGUCUUUGGGAACCGGCGCUUGAAGGCUCUCAAAGAGCUGGAGCAGCGGACCCAGCGGCCGGUCACCAUGCGGUGCCUGGUGUGGGACAAGGAGCGGGCCCCGGCGGCCUUGGCGGCGAAGCUGGUGAUGUCCGCCACCACACGGAAUCAGGGCCGUUUCGCCGGCUUCAAGGGCAAGGGCAAAGGUCGGUGAGCCAGGCGGAUCACGAGCUCGAAAAAGGGGUGCGCCACGACAUUUUUGCAAUGGAUGUGGCGUCAGAAUUUCAACCGCUGGGGCCAACCGCAGGUUUUGGUCCAUGUUUCCAGCUGCCAGUUCCAUUUCGGGUGCCGGUUUUGAGCUAC